GCAGUAAAGUGUACUAAUUUAUUGAAAUUAUUACGACACUCAUCCCGUUUUUGCACCUCCGCAUAAUAUAAAAUAAAAAAGGUGUAAAUGAAAAAAUAGAAAAAUGAGUUCUCUGCAACAAGGUAGCAGAUUCUUGCCUUUUUCAAAUAAUAAUAUACAGAGGAAGCAACUAUCAAUGCAAGGUGGUCUUCCACAAAGUUUGAGUGGCAGUGAAACUGAUGUUUCAACAUCAAAUGAGAAUUUAACCAAUGAAGAUCGCUAUGUUAUAAGACACACAGCUCGCCAAGAACCUCAAGGUCAAGAGAAUCAACAGCAAAGUCCAUCUAGAUCUUCCAGUCAUAAAGAAAAUAUACCAAAUAUACAAGGUAAUCUGCUCAACAGAAACAGUUUGAAGGACAGUUUGACUGGAUCAAACAGAAACAGUUUGAAAGAGAAUUUGAAUGGUUCCAAUCGAAAUAGCCUUAAAGACAGCAUUAAUGGUUCUAAUAGAAAUAGUUUGAAAGAUAAUUUAAGUAAUCGUACCAGUGUAGGCUCCAAUAGAAGUAGCUUAGAUGUAUCUACAAGCUCCUACAAUACACUUAUUAUACACAAUGCUAAUGAUGACAACUCAUGGGUACCAUCUGGAAGGUUAUCAGGUGUAGUAAGAGAGCAUGGAGAUAUGGGUUACUUGUAUUGUGAUGGUGGUGGAAAAGGACAUUCAAACAGUCCUACUAUGCAGUCUUUAUCAAAUUUAUCUCAUGAAGACCAUGUUUAUGAGCAACCUAGUAAUGGAGGAUGUCAAGAAAUUACAGACAUACCAGAUGAUUAUCUUAGUCAGUCACAGGUAUUAAAACAUCUUGCAAAAGAAGUUAAAGUACCAUCAUACAGUAAGUUAACAAAUAAUGGAGGAAAUAUUGAUAUGAGAAUGAGAGAUGCUGACAGAGGGAAACAAAAUGAUAGCGAGUCAGAAGAUCGACCACCGCCUUCAUAUAUGUCUGUUUUGUUACCUUUAAAAAAUAAAUCUCGACUUCUUGGACCAAUGGAAAAAUUGACGCUAUCAAGAUCACAACCUGACCUAUCUAGAAUUGGCAAACCAGAUAUUGAUAACUACAAUUUACGCACCACUUCUCCACGACCUCAGACCAAAGGAAGAGAGGAAACAGAAUCUGCAAGUGGUGAAAUUUGGCCGCCAUCUGAAAUGAUACAGAUCAUAAUCCAAGAAAACAGUGCCUUAAAAUUAGAAUUAGAACGGUGUUAUAGUAAAGUUGCUAAAUCUCAAAAAUUGGAACAAGAAAUCGCAAAGGUACAUAGGGCUCAUGAGGAAUUGGCGGCAUCUAGUGAACGAAGAGAAAAACUGGAACGAGCUGCUAGAUUGAGGUUACAAAACGACUGCAGACGAUUAACCGAAUUAAAUCGUGCAUUAAGACAUGAAUUAGAUUUAUUACCAGCACCAACCGGUAGUCCGUCGAUCGUGGAAUCUAUGAGGAAGGAAUUAACUCAACGAGAGUUAUUGAUUGGCCAAUUGAUUACGCAAAAUAAAGAAUUAGCCGCAGCGAAAGAAAGACAAGAAAUCGAAUUGGCAGCACAACGAGCGACGUUACAGGAACAACGUACACACAUAGAUAUUUUAGAUACUGCUCUUACUAAUGCACAAGGCAAUGUGGUGCGCCUGGAAGAAGAGUGUCGGAAAAAACAAGUAUACGUAGAAAGAGUAGGUCAACUUCAACGAGCUUUGUCUUCUCUUCAAGCGUCUAGCGACAGAAGAGAAGAAACAGAAAGACAAUUAAGAGGCCAAUUGGAACGAGAAUUAAGAGAAGGUGGCGGCGGUGGCGGAGGUGGUGUUAACGGUAAUGAGCAAUGCUCCAAUGGAGAAACGAUCGCAGAAUUAAAACGACGAAUACGUGAAAGAGACGAAAAAAUUAUGUCACUCGAAGGUGAUGUUGCGAAGUGGGAGCAACGCUAUCUGGAAGAAAGUGCACUAAGGCAAGCAGCAAUUGAUGCAGCUAGUCUACCAAAAGACGCUAAGAUAGCUGCGUUGGAAAAAACCAGUCAGGACGCCGAGAAAUUAAUUGCUGAAGCACGUUCCGAGAAAAUGAGACACAUGGAUGAAGUACAUGCUGCUCAGAAAAAAUUGGCUGAUCUUGAAUCUAGAAUGAAAGAUCUAGAAUCAAAAUUAGCUGAAAGAGAUGCGAUGAUUAGAGUCCUUCAGAAACAUACCUAUGACAAGGAUAGCAGUAGCAGUAGCGGUGUUGGUAGUUAUCCUGCCGCUCAUUCGUCUCAUUCAAGCACAUCAGCGGACCAUCAUACUGCGCUUACAAGCACGCCAGAACUUGUAAGCAGUGUAUUGGGUGGUGGCAGUGGUUACGGAAGCACUGGUUCAUACAGUGUUACGGACAGUUACAAGUAUAGAAAGCAAGGCAGCUUCGAGCAAACGAAUAAAAGUCUCGAUGAUCAGUUAAAAGAACUAGACUCCCAGCUACUUAGUAAGCGGGCACUUUGCUGUUUUCCAGGAUUCUCUAAUCCAGGCACUGCGUCGCGAAAAGGAAAAAUACCCAAGCCAUUAUUGGCGGGUGUAGAUAGCACAGGUACCUCGAGCACUGCCUCGAGCAAGAGUCGCCUGUUGGACGACUCCGGUGGCGAAGUCUCGCCGAGUAUCAUGGAAUUCGCGAGCGCAGCCUCUAGGCUGAAAGGCACUGUAUCGAGAUUGUCAGACGGUAAGCCUGAAGACAUGAUGCUGCUGGAGAAACAGGGCAGAAGCUCGCAGAGGCAGAGGAUGCAAGAGGGCGAGCCACGUCGCGCGGGCAGCCUUCCUCCCAGUUCGUUACCGCGGCCACCGAAGAAUAUGAAAUCGACUGGUUCUUCUCGUUACUGUCGGCUAAGCGACACGGAGACACGCAAGAAAUCGGACCCAGGCCCGGCACUCGACUCCUCUGCGAGUAUGAAGGUACGCGACGCGAGCAACUGCACCAUCGAAUACGGCAGAUUCGACAUGAAGGCUCAGCGUCGAAAGAAAUCGUCCGCCACGGAAUCAUUGGUUACGAACAACUCUCUAAAGAAGCCGUCUUCCACGAUUAGCCACGAGUACGAGCGCCUACAGGGCGAGAACGUUCGCAAGAAACAGCCUUCGAAUUCAGAUACGAAGCAUAGGGAAAUGCAGAGCCGCUCGCUGAUACCGCCGCCGUCUCGUCGUAUCGGGGAGUACGGUCGCCUGAGCGAGGGUACCCUGAGGAAGCAGACUGGUUCACGGGGACAGAGCACCGGUAGCACGGUGAGCAGCAAGAGCGGAGGACGCGAUUCUGGAGGCACUGCUAGCAGCGAGGCUUCCACGUCGUCGUUGCCUCCAUCUAAGGCGAGAUCCAUACCGCGUCCGAGCAACUACCGCAUUCAGUUUUAA